UUGUGGUUCCUUUUCGCCGCUAAAUUGUUCCAGUUUUAUUAUGCCAAAAGGAAAGAAAGUGUGCAUCAUUGGAGCAGAGGGCUGGGGUUCUGCUAUUUCCACUGCCGUGUGUAAAAAUGUGCUCAAUGGUAAAUACGAUUCUCGAGUUCAUAUCUAUGUGUACGAUGAACUAGUUAGAAGCCAAUAUCUCUCAAAUCUGAUGAAUGAACAGCAUGAAAAUAUUAAGUAUCUACCUGGCAUUAGGCUGCCCAAGAACUUGAUUGCUGUCAACGAUCUGCUGGAAGCUGCACAAAGUGCCGAUAUAUUAAUUUUUGCCACGCCGCAUGGCUAUGUAAAAUCAUAUUGUAACAUCUUAGAGGACUAUGUGAAACCCACUGCCUAUGCGGUCUCACUAGUCAAGGGGCUGGAGCAUACUAGAGAUGGCGAACUCAAUCUGUAUUCGCAUACAAUCGCCGAGCGGUUACAAAUUCCGUGCUAUUCGAUGAUGAAUGCCAAUAGCGCCAUGGAGAUGGCACAGGGAAAACUCUGCGAGAUGACCGUUGGCUGCGACAACGAUGCGCAUGCAAAAGAAUUGAUCACCCUCUUCCAGACUGAGAACUGCAUGGUGUUCAUUAUGGAUGAUGUGGUUGGUGUGGAACUGUGUAAUACACUGAAGGACCUAGUUGCACUAAGUGCCGGCUUUAUUGAUGGCUUGCGAUUGGGUGAAAACGCUCGGGUUGCUUGCCUUCAUUUGGGCUUGAAGGAAAUGAUACGAUUCAUCAAGAAUUUCAAUCCAACUACCAAAGUGUCUACAUUUUUCGAAAGUUGUGGCAUUGCCAAUUCAGUGGUUUCAUCCUUCGCUGAUAAAAACGUUACAUUUGCUAAUAACUUUGUUACCUCACGAAAAACUAUACAAGAAAUUGAAGCAAAUCUUUUGAAUGGUCGCAAGCUGCUCGGACCCAUAAUCGCUGAAGAAAUCUAUGCAUAUUUAGAGCACAAGGGCAUGCAGAAAAUGUAUCCACUGUUUUCGGUCAUACAUCGUAUCUGCCAGAUGGAGGUAUCCCCACAAGCUAUUAUAGAUACCCUGCGACACCAUCCGGACAUGAGCAAUUACUCCAUUAGACAACUGCAAAUUGAUGAAAAUUUGAUGCGAAACACUUCGUACGCUGAAAGUAUUUUUGAGAACGUGGCUGACACAGUUCCCGAGCAAAUGCCAGGCUCGGCGGAAAAAAUAAUUCUUGGGUCGGAUGAUCAGGAAAAGCUUAAUAGCUCUAAGGAGGAAAAUGAAGGAUUCUGGAAACCCUAUGAUAAAUAUUUUAAUCUUCCCAAUAAGUCUACAGAGGUAAACGAGUUAUUAAAGAUGUAUAAAGAAGCAACUGGGACCAUGGAUGAAGGCAAAAGUGGAAACGUUGGGUAUUCUGUUGAAAUGGGUUCAGAAACCGAUAAAGUGAAAAGCUGUCCUCCGCCCAAGAAUUCAUCAAUUGGGACAGACAGUCCUCCAAUCAGGUCCAAAAAGAUUUCCACAGAUAAGUCAAAAGGACCUAAAAAUAAAGAGCAGUCGAAAAUGGAUAAGCCUGAUAAAGGAAAGCCAUCGGGAAGCGUCGGUUUGAAUACACCAAAUGAUGAAUAUAAAGCAUUAAGAGUGACAGUUAAGGGUACAAAUCCAAAGAAUAACGAUAAAGUCCAAGAGAUAUCGGAAAAACCAAUUCAAAAUAAGAACGAGAAACAACAAACAAACGAGGCAAACGAUAGUAAAGCGGACUCAAAGCCUAAAUUAAAAAAAUUAAGUGAUAAACACCCAAAUGCAUCCAGCAAAGUUUCUAGAAGCCCAGAGAAACAGAAGAAGCAGCAGACAGAACAACCGCACUUGGAAACACCUGACGCAAGUGACGACAGCAAAGAGUCGCGCUACGACAAUGAGCCUAUGAUCAGAAUCCAAUUGUUUGAGGACGAGCCAAAUGUAUUAAGGUUCUUAGAGUCAAUGCGCAAAGAAGAAAGCGACGCGUUGGCAAUUAAUAAGCGUCUUCCCCCAAGCAGUAAUGAUGAUCUCCUGGUGUUGGGUAUGGGCACAGAUAAAAAUAGAAGCGUUACUAAUGAAAUGGGCUCUCAGAUUAAUAAGGAACUAAUUUUGAAAGGAUUGGAUUACUGGAAAACUCUAGAAAUCGAAAAUACGCCCCACAAAUGCCAAGUACAUUAUAAUAUUAUGGAAUCACAAGAAAAAGCAAUCGAAAAGGAUCGAAAAGGAAAAGGCACGCCUGAGCUGACCGCUCAAGGUACGCGCUAUGAUGAACAUGUUGUAAAUUGUGCACAGAAGCAAAGCAAAGAGGAGCAAUUGGAUAUAGAGAUUCAGCAAAAUUUGCAGAGGGAUCUAUCCAUAGAGCCAAUAAUCUCAAAUACCCUCAGCACUAUUUCAACAAAAACGGGGACGUUCCAAGAUCUGAGCAGUCAACACAAUAUUUGGGGUAAUGCUGAAGAGCCAAUAUUGACGCUGCGCUUAAGCAACGAAAAUCAAGAAUUCUCGACAUUGGGCCAAACCCCACUUCACACAACAGAUCCGAAAAUGGUCGAUAUUACACAGACGCAUCAGCAGACCUUACCUUGUGAACUGAAAAUGCAAUCAAUAGCCAACGAUGACAACAGCAAUGACAUUUCAAAAUGGUAUCAGUCUGUUAAUGAGAGGAAUAACUAUGACCACACUGAUAAUACAGCUGUAAAAUAUCCACACCUGACACGUUUUAGUUUUGAGGAAGAUGACAGUUUUUCGGAUCCGAAAAUGGUUGAUACUAAACGGAUGCAUCACGACACUUUGCCCGGUGAACUUACGAUGCAAUCCAACGAUGCUAACGAUGAUAAUAUCAAUGACAUUUCAAAAUUGCUUCAGUCUGGUAAUAAUAAGGAUAACUAUUACAACACUGAUAAAGAUGCUGACAAUGAUCCAAGACUGACACCUUUUAAUAUUGAGGAAGAUCAGGACGAUCAGAUUAUUCAGGAAUCGGAUAUCGAUGAAUUAAAUCAAUUGCGAUUUUUACAGAAGCUAUUCAAGGAGUAUGAUGCUUCAUUUGAACCAACAGCACUUGCUGACAGCGACUGGGACUCCAAAACAAUCGAUCAAAUUGAGGACAAUUCCUUUGAAAAUGAUUCGGCAAAGGUGCCUCGAAACGAUAAACAAUAUCGGGAAUACACUUCAUUUGAAAGCGAUAGCAACGAGUCGGCAGAACUCCAAUAUGAAGCAGUUGACAAAUCGCAAAAUCUAAAACAUUUUGAUGAAGACUAUGAUUAUUUUUCGGUAUCUGAACCGGCCAUAGAAUUAAACGAACUGCAAACCACACACAAGUUGCUCGAGGACCAUUUCGAUGGCAAUGAAUUCGAAUCAUUUGAUAACAGCUACAAUGACGAGUCUUUGGAAAAUAGAUCAACAUCCAUUAAAAACAGUAGCGAAGAUUUUUCAAAGGUUCUUAAAAAUGAUGAACUAUUCUCGGAAAUGGAAUUCGCAUCAUUUGAAAGCGAUAGCAAAGACGCGCCAAAAGUCCGACAUGAACACGGUGAUGAAAGACCAAGGAACGAUUCGAAAUCUCCAUUGUCAAACAUCGACGAGGAUAAUCGUCAUGAGCUUUUGGAAUCAGAAAAUAAUCACCUUGAAUUUCCUCAAAUGAAAGGAGACAUUCUAGACGAGAUGAUUAACGAAGCUAUCAAAAACUUCGAAAUCGAACAACUGAAGACAUAUCCUAAAGUGAAGCGGUCCAACAUUGACGAUAAUACAAAUAUAAUGUCGGUUAAAGAGAAACUGGGCAACCAUCCAAAUAUCAGCAGGAGCAGUGAUAACGAUAAACGGAAAAUUCGCCGUCGAGACAGUGAGGAAAGGAUUAGAGACGAGGGUAAAAAUGUACCUGAAAUUGGUGUCGAUGAGAAUCAAAACUUAGGGACAGAAAAUAAAUUACUGGAUAUGAACAUUAAACGUAAGCCUUCAUCAGAACGGGAUUGGUUGUCGGAUGAUAAGAAACUCGACGACACUUUCGAGGACCUUACGCAGGAGAAUUUGAAAAAGAAGGUUUCCACUCUGUAUCAAAACAUCUUGAAAAAUAUUAUCAAAUCAAAUGAACCAGAAAAAUUAGAAGAGCCAAAACAGCAUCAAGAUCGACUACCAUUGCCAAAUAGAAAACAGCAGGCAAAACAUGAAAACAAAACGCUUAAGGAUAGUCCGGAACCUCUUAUCGCACCCAAUGUUUUAUGGUCCAAGGAUAAGAUGAGGGUAAAAGAAGCCAGAAUCAAUACGAACUCUUUGAUUUCAAAGAUAUUUGUUAAGCCUAAAAUUGAUUCUAAGAAAAGAGGGCACCAAGAAACAGAACCGAUCGCUGAAAAAUACGACGAGCCAGCAAAGUCAGAAUCAAAAAAACGGUUUUAUUAUAAUGCCAAAAAAUCAUUACCCAAACGACUUCCGUUAAAACUGAAAGGCAGGAAGCCUUCGAGAAGCACUGAGUUGCAAAUGGAUAAUAAAUCAAUUAAAUUUAGUCUAAGUAAAAUCAUAUCAAAAAGCCAGCCGAAGGAGAAAACGGUCAAACAUCUGAGGACAAAUCCCUAUAUUCAAAAUCAAACUGUACUGCCCGCGCAUUGUAAAAAUGACAGCGUUUCUGGACGAGUCGCUAAAAUAGGAAACACCAAACAAUAUCAUCCACCAAUCAAUCCCCGCAUACGCAUACCCCAUCCCCCAUUUGAUGUGCGUGAUCACGAAUACCACACGGUGAACUUUCGGCCUCCACCCGAUCUGCUGCGCAACGUAUCGCUCCCGCGGAGGCGACUUGUGACCACAUGCAAGAUGGCUAGACAGGUGGGCGCCCAAGGCGUGGCAAGACUACCGCGGCCAACCUUCAAGCUGCCGCAAGCCAUGAUGCGCUCUUCCAUUUUGGCCGUAGAGCUGGGCAUUUUUGCCGCUCUCUUGGCGCGCUACAAGACCAAAUGAUCGAUGGGCUUAUCUCUGCCUCCCAAUAACACCGAUUACACACUUUUAUCUUUUUUUUUGGCAAUAAAUUUGUAACAUAUAUUAUAA